AUGGAAGACCAAAAGGAAAUUUCAAUUCAUGAAGAAAACCUAUACGAAUUUUUACGUUUUAGAGAUCGGCGUGCACCACUGAUUAAUGGUCGUCAAGUCGUUGGUAUAUUAUGGGAUGCUGAAUUUAUCGGUCGAUUUCUUAUUCAUUGUCGACAGCAAAAUCCACGCCAGUAUAUUAAUGAUAACAUCGAAAGACUACGGAAUACAGCUUCUAAACCCAAUGAAAUCCAACUUGGUAUUUCUUUCGAUCGAAUUAUUGCUUACGACCAUUAUAAACAGACAUCAGUUUUAGACGCUGAUUUAUUAAAUUUGCGUUACUGUACAUGCAAUCAUUCAGAAAAAUUGUUAACUCUUAUAACAAGACACGAAAGAAGUGAUUAUGGAGAAACUUACGCAUUGACAGCUCAAUCUAAAACAGCAAUUAAGAACAUGGCUCGCUUAAUUUCCAAAGCAAUCAAGGAUAUUUAUGAACGACUUGAAGAAGAUACUGCUUAUAAACCACCUAGUCCUUUGAUAUCAAAUCGAAAAUGGCUAAAACAUGGCAUUAGAUCAUAUCAGGACAAAUCUAUGAUAUUAAAAUCGAACCUUGACCCUAAUUAUCAAGUAAACGAAUUAGCACCACGUCGACGCGCCAUGUCUGCUUCAUGCGCUACUUUAUCCUCUAGGCCUAACAAUAUCAUGAUUAUUAUCGAUGAAGAUGAUAUCGACUGUCCACCAUUACCACCUCGAGAUAAUUUACUCAAACCAAGUUUAGAUUCUAUGCAAAGUCAAAAAAUGUUUAACGAGUAUCCUCCAAUGCAGACCAAGUUUACUACAGCUGGAUAUUGUCGUGAUCCGUCCCUUCCUCCACCACUACCACCGCGCAAGAUAUCCGCUGGUGACAUCAUCUUGACAUCCAGCAGUGGAGCAAUUCAAGCUUUAAUUCAUCAAAGUUCUACAGAUCGAAAUAACACAAGUGGUAUGGAAAAUUUAAGCGAAGAUAACAUUGAUCAAAACCCUUCAAAUGAUAGCAAUAAUAGGGAUAACAGAAAGCAAACAGAAGCAAAAUUACUUGAGUACGAUCACAUUGGGAGAUUUCUUAUCAGAAAAAGUAAAAGCGAUCCACAUAAUUAUGCUCUAUCACUUGUUGCUCCAAGCUCUAAACCGGAUGAUGAAGCUAUGAUCUAUCAUUAUAAGAUUCUAAUGAACAAUGGUCGACCUAAUAUAGAGGGCUUUGACAAGACGUUUGAUAGCGUUCCAGACUUGGUUGAAUACUAUUCUAAAAUACCUGACCUAGUUUGUGCGCUUAAGCCGUAA